CGCACACAACUCUAGAUAGAAUUCGUAUGCACAUCGACGCAUAGACUCUAUUCAUCGCUCUCAGCCAUUCAUCGCAGGUGUCUGCUCCGUGUUUGUGACUUGUGUAGCACAGUGUCACCAUUUCCACGUUCAAUCCACCACAUUCAAGUUUGUUGCAACACCUCGCUCGUCUGUUCUGCUGGGCCCUGGAGCUUCGAAGAGAUUAGAGCAUUUUCUUGAGGUGUCAUCACCCUAAUCGUUCACUCGUUCCUGACUUGCUUCUGCUAGAGAAGGGUUGGGUUUGAAUGAAAUUCCGAUGUGGGCAUGCGGGCGAGAGUUAUUUUCGAGACGCAGCUCGACUCUUGGUCAAGGAGCCCAGCAUAUUUUGCAAGCAAUACGAUGGAUUCAUGACGAUGCACAAACUUUUCCCAAAUUCAAAAAUGAACUUCGCCGCCUUUACAAGCUUAUUCAUCCUGACUUACUCCAUAAUUUCCCUACGGAACAGGCAACAAACCUACGUUCCUUUCAACUGCUCCAGGAGUAUUUGAAUGCUGCUAGAGGUAGAAACACUUCGAAUCGUUACUCUUACCAUUUUGAGUUCUUUAUUAAGGACUCAAGUGAUGAUGAGACCAAACAUGACAAUGCGUUACAACGGGUUGAGGUCUCACUCCCUCCACCACAAGUCAAAUUUCACCCUCAAAGAGGAGCUGAAAUGUUGCCUGGGACCAAAGUGGCCAUCGGAAAGCUAUUUGCUGCUUGUGGCUUGUCUUCUCAAGUAGGUCAAGGUUGGGCAGGGGAUGACCGUGUUAGUCUUUCAGAUUUUUUGCAACACGCAUCAGAACUUCAGCGGAAGAAUGCUGCUUCAGUAUUCAAUUGCGAACACCAGGUCAUUAUGGUGAGGAAUGCCAUGAGAAUGAGAACUGGAGUUAAUGUGUCUUUUCUACCGCCUCUAGUUGAUUCUAGUCCCGAAUCGAUGGAAGCCUUGGAGAAGUUGGCACAAGUUUUAGACAGAUGCAUAGACAUUCGACUGUCUGGAUUUACAAUUAAGAUAAGCGAUUGCUAUGGAGUUGACGCGCUUGGGAAUCUAUGGAUAGAUCGAAAUGAUGGCGCUGAAUCUUGGAUUCAGUUUUUGCGUCAGGUGGAUUUAGUGGAUGCAGCAGAUCGGAAAAUUGUAGCCAAGAAUUGGCGUACAAGAGAAUCUGAGGUUGCUAAAGCAAUGCAAGUUGCAGUGAUCUUUACCCAUUCAACUCUAGCAGUCACUCCUGCUUAUUCCCUUUUCCUGUCAGGAAUGGUUGAAGGGACUAAGAUUCAUGGCCCCAUUGGUGCUGGAAAGUUUAAAGAACUGCCCAUUCGAGUAGCUGCGGCUACCGAAGUCUUCGAUUUGCAGAUAUCAAGUAAUCACUCUUCAGGCUGCUCUGUUGAUAAAGACACAGGAGCGGUUGUUGUGCCAAUCUCAGCGAAUUAUCUGGUUGUAUCUCGAUUCAUUUCUGAGUUAGGCCAUGAGGCUCUCUUUUACAAACGGAAGUAUGAGGAGACUAAGAAAAAGAUUGAAGAUCUUCAAGUGCAAGCAAGGAAGAGAUUGAAACUUAGGCAUUUAUUUUUUGAUCCCAAACUUUCUAUUGAUCAACAAGAAUCAGCAUGUGCAAGGUUAUUAAGGAGUGUUCCGGAGUUCAGUAGGUACACAGAAGGCUUAUCUCUAAUGAUAUCAGACGAGUAUCGUUUGCCAGUAUCAGGCUCGAAUGCGCCAGCAUAUUUGAAAUGGGAUUUUAGUAUAUCUGACUUGUGAUUCUUUCGCUCGUUACUGGUUACCAUUGAUGUCAGUAAAACUGAGUUUGCAAAUUAUGUCCAAUUACGGCUUGUAAUGUUAGAUGACAUAUGUAGAGAACUGGUGAAGGUAUGGCUACAGGAUAUUGUUGGGAAAUAAUUGAACUGCGAAUGCAAAUGUAAGUACACUUGCUGAGGUCAUUAUAUUUGGCCUUGACUAAUUAUGAAAGUGUAGGUGUUCAACUAACUGGCAAUUUUUGCAUUGUUACA